AUGGCGACGCGCGGCGGGGCGAUCUCGCUGGCUGGCCGGGGCCUCGCCCUUCGCCUGCCGGGCGAGGCGACUCGAGGCCCGCGCAUGCAACGGCUGCUUCCUGCUCGCCGUCUCGCCUCCCCUGAAGGAAUCUUCGGCGCCAGACAGCUCGCGCUCUCCCGUUUCUCUUACACGGCUCUGGGGCGCGUGGCCGCAGCCAAGCACACAGACACAGAGAUGACCUGGACAGCAACCGAGACAGAGGACACGGAAAGGCGCGCCUGGCGACGGGCAUGGAGGCCGCAGGGGAAUGCUUGUUCAUGUGGAGAACCUUUGCGCGGGUGUACACCCGCGUCUUCGCUUUCUGCUUCGCUCGCGUCUUGCGCUAUUUCGCACCCGGCGCCGUCUUCCUGGGCCUUCGCGCCGCUGGCGGCUUCUUCUCUUUGGUCUCCCUCUCGCCUCUCUUCUCUUGUCCUUCAUUUUCGUUCCCUCUCUGCGGUCGCUUCCUGCUCGUCUUCACUCCAUCGUGCAUAUCCUACGUCCGCCGACUUCGCCUCUUCUUCCUCGUUGCGGUCUGUGGCCUCGCUGCUGCCUUUGUGCCCCGCGUCACCUCUUGCUUCUGCCUCGCGUUCAGAAAGGCCUUGUACGAGUUCGUCUUCUCGAGUUGAGCACUCUUCCUUUUCGGCGAAGGACAAGCAGUUCCACUGUCACUACAGCUCGCUUUCGCGCUAUGAACUGGCGACGGAGUUGCAGCUUCCGUACAGCGAUAUUCGGUUGCUCGACGUCGUUCGAGUCCCCUCGUCUCUCAAGUUGCCCCACUCGUCCUCGCUCUCGUCGCUCUCUUCCUUCUCCCCAUUUUCUCCCGGCUCUUUCUCGCCUCGCAGUCGCGCGGCUGCCGACGGGGCGUUGCUGACUGGCACGCCAGGACUCGAGAAGACUGUGCACACCUCCUCAAGAAGCGACGAAGAGAAGGAGAAUUCGACGGCUGGACGCAGUUUGUUCGCUUCCUUCUUCUCUUUCUUCUCGUCUCCAGUGGCAACGGGAGAGAAGCGAGAGCAGACCCGCUCUGCGCACGGCGGAUCGAGGGCGAGACGCGACUUCUUCGCGGGCCAGCCGGAGUCUCCGAGAGAAGAAGAGCCCCUCUCUCUGCCCUUCCUGCCUGCUGGUCUCGACGCCCUCAAACUGCAGCAUGCAAAGAUUCUCGUCAGGCGAACGGCCAUCCUCGUCCAAAUCGAAAACAUCGGCGCCGUAAUCACGCCCCACAAAAUGAUUCUCCUCCAUCCUCACCCUUCAGUGACGAGUGCGCUUUUGCACCAGCUGACUUGCGGAGAAGCGACUCCGCAGGCGACGGCUUCGCUGCUUGAAUGCGGAAACGCCUCGAGAGAAGAGAGAGACGACGUCACAGAGACCUCUUCGUCUGAAGAACCUCCGUCCCCAGCUUCGAAGCCUUCGCUUUCAUCCGCCGGCGGCCCGCGUGCCUGGUGUGCAGACACUCCGCGGCAACUGCCUUUCGAGCUACGCGCCCUCGAGGCUCUCUUCGCCGUCGCUCUCGGGUCUCUCGACGCCGUUGCCAAGGACUACGUCGACCGAGUUCGUCUGACCAUCGCCACUCUAGAGCAAGAGUCCUCGGGCGUCUCGCGGAACUCGCGACGAAGCGCCUCCAGUGCCUGGUCCCUCGCCACUGCAGAUGCGACGCUCUUCACACUCGUCCAUUCCCCUUCUCUUCAUCAGCUGAUGGUUUUGAAAAAUCUUCUCCAGGAUAUCGAAGCGCGUCUCGAGGCCUUCCGUGGGUGCCUGUCUAAGUUGCUCAGCGACGACGGCGACAUGGCGGACAUGUACCUGACAGAUCGGCUCGUCUACACCAUCCCACACGCGCGCGAGGACCACGCCGACGUGGAACUGCUCCUCGAAGGCUGCCUUCAACAAGUAGACGAACUGCAGUACGACAUUCUAACGGCCAAGCGAUGCGUCAUUCACCACGAAGAGCUUACCAAGGUGCGACUCAAAACGCCGACUCUCCUGUCGACUGUUUUUCCAGGCUUACUGGCCUCUCCUCUAUAUGUCUUUUUACCUAUGUGUAGUGGUUUAUAUAUGUAG